CAAUAGGCUAAAAUCGUGAUUGGCUAGUCUGACUGUCUGUCAUACACUAGCUUCUCUUUCAUUGGCUGAGCCCGCCCCCGCUGCUCGACUGCAUUAUAUAAAGCUCUCAGCGGCUUCUGCAGCCGGCAGAAGAGGGCAUCGGGUCUCGUGUCUGGGCGGUGUGAGGAGCUGGCGAAGCGCAAAUCUGACCAAACUCUGAGAGGAAAAUUGGUUCAGUCACCGGUUUAAUCCAGGAUCCACCAGUCUCCUGUUAAACUUCACUUGUCUACUGGUAUAACUCUACAAACAGCCUCAUCAUGAUGCAGAUCUGCCAGGACUCGUACUGUAAUAAGCACUCGCUGCUGAACGUGAUGAACCGCUUCAUAGCGGCGGCUAACAACAUGGACGAGACCAUCAUGGUGCCUAGCCUGCUGAGGGACGUCCCCCUAGACGAGGAGGACGAGGCCUCUAUCACUCAAAACAACAAUGAAAACGAGCCCACCUGUCCAAGCAAACAGAGGGACAUGUACGAGCAUUACCUGCUGCUCAAGUCCAUUAAGAAUGAGAUGGAGUGGGGCUUGCUGAAAAGGGAGAUGACUGGUGGGGCCAGCUUCCUGGAGAUGGCUGUGAAGCAGGAGGAACAGCAGGUAAAUGGAGGGCCAGCUGAGGACUGCUCUGAUCUAGAGAGCCAGUUCCACUUUCACCUCCGUGGACUCUUCGGGGUGCUGUCCAAGCUGACUGUGCAGGCUGACCACCUCACAAAUCGCUAUAAAAGAGAAAUCGGUGGUGGCAGUCUGCUAAGAUAGGAACAAUGACAGACCUGAUACUGACUUAUUGCUGAAGCUCUUUUUUCCCUGGGAGGUAAUGGACAAGCACUGGACUAAGCGAAAGACCCAAGAUGACCUCUUGGGCUAUUUAAAUUUGAUUUGAUCUCUUUCUGAGCAGUGAUGCUCCUAAACUUUGGUCACUUUCCAGCUACACUACUAGUCAUGUGUCCUGCUCUGAUUAGAGUUAAACUGAAACUGUGUGAGUUGAAAAAGGGCAAUGAAAGUAAAUCUUGUUGCUGUUGAAGUCUUGUUCUGGCCUUUUCAAGUCCCUUUAUUUCAGAAUGUGUAUUAGAUGGCCACCUUUAUAUGAUGCUAUAUGGCUUUAAAAACCUGCUGUAGAUGUGGUAAAGUGGUCAUUCAGAGUUUGGGAUUUGUUGGGGAAACCUUGAAUGCUGGUAAUUCUGUUUCUUCCUUUACAUUAACCUGAAUUCUGUAGUAUUUAGUUUGGUCAACUCUGCUCAAGGAGCUUUAACAAGAUUCAUUUUAGUCUGCUGGUCUUCUGCACUCCUCAAGCAGAAACAGUGCCUUGUUUUCACAUAAGGGAUGCAUUUCCUGCUCAUUGUAUCAGUCUGGCCUGUCAAUGUUUGUUACUACUUUAUUUUAAGGAUUGUUUUUGUUCUAAAAUAUUUCUAAUUUUAUAUGAAUUGUAAUGCAGUAUGGAAUAUUAAAUAAAGUAGACUUUUUUUUUA